UGAAUGAGUUUUCAACCAUCAGUUCAGCUUCAGACUCUGAGCUGCUGAGGUCCUUCACUCUCUAUGGUUGCGUGCCACAGAGCCAAAGUUUCUCCACAUUCCACAAUGAAAGAGUUUUGUCCCUACGUUGUGAUUUAGGUCAUCACCAAUUCAGUGCCUGUUUUGUGGCAAUUGAAAGAUGUCCAAUCUCCUGGGUUGGCACAAUCACCCCAUGCCUGUUACCAUGGAAAGCGGGGCAAACUAGAACCUCCUCCAUGCGUGUUCCCAAAGUAAAUCUCCACUUUCUGGGGGGUUUAGCCGAGGGGGCUGGGAGGUAACUUGCGGUCAUCAUCUCUCUCUGCAAUGAAAGGUGCUGGAGGUUCAUGAGCUACACACCCACAUAUUAACCCUCUGCUCGACUCCUGCAGGUUUUUAUUCACUGAGGUAAUCUCAGUAUGAAUCAACGCUCAGCAGCCGCGUAAUAGAUAGAUAUACUCAAACCAGGCUGGAAAUCUAAAGAGGUUAAUUCGGCUGACUCCUCCCAGCGUUGCCAUUUAUCUUAUUAAUAAUCGCACGACUUCAGCUUCGCCUUAAAAGUGGGAGGGCUGCUCGAGAGGGCUGGAAACCCGACAGGAACUGUCUCCGUGACACAUGGUGCUGAAAGUGCCACUCGCCGCAUCAUGUGGUCGGUCUUUUUUGUCUUUCUGUCUUACCUGGACAGAAACUUCGUCAAGGGCGACCUCCUCAGCCGAGCUUUGGAAGCCGAGAAGGAGAGCAAAGACUUGUUCUCCAUGAUCAACGGCACCUUUUGCGCAAAAAUGUCGGCCGUAGGGGAGAAUUUCCUGUACCAGGUGUCAGACGGAGCCGAGGUGGUGCGCUCCGUGGUCAGCCCCUCCGGGAUGCUGGUGAACUGCUCUGUAAUAGUGAACCAGAUGCAGGUGAAAUCUUUCAUGCAUGAGUGCAGGUUGGGACUGAAAGAGCAGAAAGCCGGGCAUCAUCUGGAGACGCGUUUUGCGCACAUGGAUGAAGCCAAGCUGAUGUGCCGGGAGUUUAAAAAGAGGUCGGAGCGCGCCGGCAGGGUGGAAGAGAGUGAUAGCUCUGAGCUCCAAGACAAGGUUUUAAAAAGAUCCAAGAGAGGCUUUACGUAUCCUGGGACACUUUGGUGUGGAGCGGGCAACAUGGCUGAUAAUUAUAACCAGCUAGGAGACUUUGCAGACACUGACAGCUGUUGCCGUACGCAUGAUCACUGUCCCCAUGUCAUUCAUGCCUUCUCUUCAAAUUAUGGUCACACUAAUUUCAAGUGGCACUCCAUCUGUCAUUGCGACUGUGAUCAGGCGUUGAGAAGCUGUCUGAGGAAAGUCAAUGACACAUCUUCCAGGGUUGUUGGUCAGGCGUUCUUCAACGUUAUUGGUGUGCCUUGCUUUGAGUUUUCUUAUGAAGAACAGUGUGCAGAGCGGCACUGGUAUGGCGUGUGUAAACGAUAUGAGAAGUUCCCCAUUGCUGUGCUGAAAGAGGCUGUCCCGUAUGACUUCGGAGGUAUUGAUGUCAUCGAUGAGCUGACGGUUGGUCCUCCCAAGAAGAAAGAUUCCAAUAAAAGUGACGAAGAGAAAACAGAGAGUACAACACAGUCUACAAUAUCAGGGCCUGAAGAGCCUUCACUCAGAAACGUGGUCACCGCUGCUGAGGACUUCAUCAAGGUGCUUGCUACCGUCUCCACUUCUCAAAGCUCCACCACUGACUCCGACAAAGGUGAGACAGAAAGCUCUGAGAAGAAGAAGAGGAAGAACACAGGCCAAAAGAAGAAAGCCACCAAAAAGCGAAAAGGAAAGGGGAGGAAGCAAAAGCAGAAAGCUGAGACAGUUGUUAAAAUAGAGGAAGGAGCAACAGUUUCACCCUCUGGCAGCAAGGCAGAAGAAGUCAUCUCUCUUAGUAACUUCAUCAGUGAGUCACACAAACAUGACCAGUCAAGUAUAAACACAAACAGAGUUGAUAACAAUGAAUAUGAGCUCAGAGGAAAAGAGGAGCCCUCCAAUGAAGUCAUGAAAGAUGAACCAGCGAUGGAUAAGGAGAAGGUUUCCAUUACAUCACCUAUGACAGAUCAGAAGAAGCCAGUUGAGAUGGAUGAUGAUGCACCGAUAGCAGAAGAAAUCACUCUUUCUACACCAAUAAGCACAACUACUGUUAUUCUACAUAAAGCAGAAAACAGAUGGUUAAGAAAGGAGAAAAAGAAGAGGAAGAAAAUUACUUUUCCUCGCUCUGAAGAGGUUGUUUCAAAUAUUGCCCAAUCUAUAACAAAAACAAAAGACAACUUAAGUAUCAUUUCUGUGCCUGCCAUUAUUACCAUAACCGCAAUGGCACAGCCCGAGCAACAAAGUUUUGGGAGUGACACUGAAAAGCGACCUGUAGUAAGCACAGCCGGUACCCCCAUUCUAAUCUCCAAAAUCAAAAGAAACAGGUCAAAGGAGAGAGGAGACAGGGAGGGGAGGAAAAAAAGGGGGAAAGUCAGCUCAGCUUCUCCCAUUGUGGCCACUGCCCACGAAAAUACUUCUGCAGACAAUCUGAAAGUGACCCCUCUCACCGGGGCUCCGACCGUGCCAUCAGUCCCCACCAUGGAGCAGCAGGUUUCUCACCGGCUGGACAUUUAUGGAUGGAGGAUGCCUGUCCACAUUACAGCUCUGAAGCCUUCGUUUAGCGCGUCUAAAGGGCAAAGGUCAAAGGACAGAGGACGGAGAAAUAGAAGGAGAAAAACAGCUUUACCUCUUUCAAGUGAAAAUCCACUUUUUCACAAGAGCUUUGAAAAUGUGCUUCAUAUCUUCCCAUCUCCAGACACAAGAGGAGCACUGAAAAGUCUUACAACUACUCCAAGUAGCAGGCUUACAGAAGAGAUAGGAACUUACAGUGAAUGGAGGCUUUUUACAACAGCUGUCCCUUCUAUCAUAACCAAAAGACAUGGGCAGACAAUCAGACAGCAGAGAAAACCAAGAAAGAAAGCCACGCCUGCUGCUCUCAAUGACAGAGUUUCUGUCCCUAAACAAACUGAACAUACAACAAUGACAUUUACAACCAUGUCAUCCAAAGUCACCACAACUAAAGAGUUCAAUUUACAGAGAUCUGAAAACUCAAAGCCCCGCAUGACCACCUCGACCACUCCCUUUAUGAGCCCAAUUCAGCUAUCUAUCGAGAGAGUAAAAGAGCAAUUCUCCAGGAAGAAGAGAAGAAAAGCAGCGCUGUCUGUUAGACAACAAUGAGCCAUGUGGUGCAAACAUAGCAGGAUAGGCUGAAAAAAGGCAACUUAGCUGGCUAGGCUAGCUCCUGAUGAUUGGAUAAGCUUGCUUCAUGAUGAGUUAAACACUAGCCUACAUUAAAAAAAAAUCUGACAGUAUAAUCUUUUCAGGUUCAGCAUUUAAAUCACAGAAAUUGACAGAAAUCAUACGUGAUUGUAAUGUAAGAAUCAUGUUUUGUAAUAUUGUAUUCUGCAUGUCUACAAUAAAAUGUGUGAAUGAUUGUGAA